CCAAGACUAAGAGAGAAGCAGAAACUCAAAAUAGACACACACGUAGAGAUCAUAGCCUGCUUGCACCUUGGUGAAGUGAGAGUAUAAGAAAGAAUGGCAUUUGCUGGAACAACCCAGAAGUGUAUGGCUUGUGACAAAACAGUUUAUCUUGUUGAUAAGUUAACUGCGGAUAACCGAGUGUUCCACAAAGCUUGUUUCAGAUGCCACCACUGCAAAGGAACCCUCAAGCUCAGCAACUACAACUCUUUUGAGGGAGUUCUUUACUGCAGGCCACACUUCGACCAACUGUUCAAAAGAACUGGUAGCCUCGACAAAAGCUUUGAAGGGACACCCAAAAUUGCUAAACCAGAAAAAAAUAGCGAUAAUGAGAAACCUGCAGCAGCAGCCAAAGUCUCAAGUAUGUUUGGUGGAACCAGGGAUAAAUGUGCUGGUUGUCAGAAAACAGUGUAUCCCACUGAGAAGGUUACUGUGAAUGGAACUCCUUACCAUAAGAGUUGUUUCAAAUGCUGCCAUGGAGGGUGUGUUAUCAGUCCUUCCAAUUACAUAGCACAUGAGGGAAAACUCUACUGCAAACACCACCAUAUCCAAUUGAUCAAGGAGAAGGGAAAUUUAAGCCAGCUUGAAGGUGACCAUGAGAAGAGUGCAAUGAAUGGGAAAAUCAAUGGUGAAGAAGUUGCAUCCGAGACAUGAUAAAAGAGACUUGUAUCUCAGAAUUUUCCCUUUCUCAAGUUCCAUGAUUUGAGCACCAUAUAUUUCUGCUGUCUCUCAUGCUUUUACCAUUACUUGUAGUCCGGGAAGCUCUUUACCCGUGACAAAUAGGGUAUUCAAUUUU